CAUUGGGGGGGUUUCAAAAUGCAUGGCCUGUCAACGCACUCCCCUAGCAACAAACUGUUUGUGAAUGCCAGGGGGAAGAGGGUUGGGUGGUGGAGUGAGAGGCGAGCAGUAAGAGAGAGAGAGCGAGAGAGCGAGAGAGAGCCACCCUCGAACAGAGAGACAUCCAGACAGGGCCCGUCGCUCAUUGCGCAACUGAAGCCCCGUGCCGUCCGCGCGAUAAUCGUCGCUCGUUGGUGUCGCGAGGCUCCCCACACCACCACCACCACCUUGACCCUACAGCUCACGAGGGGGGGGGGCACGGUUUGAGACAGGGACAAGGUGGACGGAGGGAGGAAGGACGCGAGACACACACGGAGAGAGAGAGGGGAGAGAGCGAGAGGAGAGAGAGAUCGGGGAAUCAUGAGCGCAUCAACCGACGGGUUGCUCAGAAACUACAACAGCCUCACGGACGCCAACCUGGGCGGCUACUUCAGCGGCGACCGAGUUCGACGGCACCUCCGCCGCAUGGGGCUGAUCACGCGCGACGGGCGCGUCGUGUCGGAGAAGGAGCACCGGCAGCGCCUGUGUCGUCACGAGCAGCGCGACUGCGUCCACACGCUCCUCGCCCACACCGUGCUCAGCAAGGCCCUGGACGUCGAGCGACUCCGGCAGGUGGAGAUCGUGAGGAAGCUGCAGGAAAUCAGCUGCCGGGAGAGGGUGCUUCGUGUGCGGGCUGAGCACGCGGUGCGAGGCGUCGACGGCAUCGUCCACAUCGCGGUGCCCCCCCAGCGAGCAACGGCGCGUCUCGGCAGGGGCGGGCCGCGCCACCGCCACCGGGCACCCCUCUCCGACGGCGCGGCCGGGCGCAGCCGCUCGGCCUCUCUGUCUCCGCCGCCGGACAACAUGCGGCAGCGACCGCGUGCGGCCCGCUUCCCUAGGAGGAGCCUGAUGUCACGGCCCCUCUCGGCCCCAGAGCCCGACCCGAGCUUGAGGCCUGGACAGGGGUACAGGCCCUCGACCACAAAGCAAGGCCCCGUGAUGUCUGACAGCAGCGAUGGAAGGAGGCAUCAGAAGCACGCCUGGGCCCCCCAAGGCCCCGUCACCCGCGUGCACCCCCGCGACAUCUCUCCCUACAAACUCCCGCUGCUGGCCACACCACAGGGCAGCCGAGCGGGCAGCGCCGGUACGGCCCAGCCUCCGUCGCCGCCUCCUGCGCGGGCUCGAGGGGCCCGAUCGGCCGGGCCCACAAGGUGCGCCCGCCAUUAUGGUGGUGGCGGAUGUGGCCAUUUUGUUUGUGGCGGCGGCCAUGAUGGUGUCGAUGGCAGCGGCCAUUUUGUUGGUGGUGGAGGUGGCCAUGUCGAUGGUGGAGGUGGCCGUGUCGGUGGUGGAGGUGGCCGUCUUGGUGUUGCUGGUGACGGCGGCCAUGUUGGUGGUGCUGGUGGAGGUGGCCAUGUUGGUGGCGGAGGUGAAGGGUCUUUGCGCAGGCGGGGUCGGAGGUUGAUCAGAUCCACGACGGCGCCCAACCGAGCCAACUGGUCCCCUGGCAAUCAGGGGGACGCUGGCGCCGGCGGGGCUCCGUGCCCCCGGCCGCCCCCCGGUAGACCGUGGGGGACCCGCGGCAGCCCCCCGGCUCGCGUCGGCGGCGCCGUGGUGGGGGUGCGCUACCUGGGGGGCUCGUGCUACGCGGAGCGCGACGGGAGCGAGGUGCGAAUCUUCCAGCAGCACUGCGGCGGAGAGAACCUCUGCGUCUACGACGGGACGCUGCGCCCCGGCGACGAGUUUGAGUUUGAGUCACGCCGCCACGCGGGCUUCCCGUUCAGCCUCACCGUGUUUGUGGGCGGCGUGCCUCACGCCCGCGUCAGCGCCUGCUGCGAACACCGCCACCGCCGCGGCGCCCGCCUCGGAGCCGGCGCCCUCUUCACCUUCACCGGCACGCGCGGAGGGGCGCCGUGCUACCGGUGCGUCAUCGCACGCUCGAGAGCGCGGAGGCCGACGGCCCGGUCACCGAAGGAGGCGGAGGAGGUGAAGGAGGUGGAGGAGGGAACGAAAUCUGAGGAGCGAAACGAAUCUCAGGGGGAGCAUGCGGAGGGAGGUGAGGCAGGUGACUACGCCGAGGAUUUUGAAUCUCACGAAGGCGACGGAUCGGACUCCAGCGGAGGUGACGGCGGAGGCGAUGGAUCGACACGCGGCGGUCGAUCCAGCAUCGACAGACAUCGCUCCUCUCGCCCUGCCUCCUCCUCCUCCUCGUCCUCCUCCUCCUCCUCCUCGUCGUCGUCGUCAUCACCACGCCGCACCUCCUCCGUGCGCGCAGCCGGCCACAAUAUCAUCGUCAUCCCUCGCGAUGAGGUGAAAGCCGCCUCAUCGGACGACGAGUCCGUGAAGGAGGAGGAGGACAAGGGGAGGGAGGAGAAAGAGGAGGAGGAGGUGGAGGAGGUGGAGGAGCUGGAGGAGGUGGAAGACCACGAUGCCAAGAAGGACGAUGAGAGCUCACUGAGCAAUGAUGAGAGCUCAGAGAGGCCGCGGGGACCCCGCGACAUCCAGCCGGAGAGAGACGACGUCGGCUCGGGCGUGCCGAGCCGAGCCGAGCGAGUCCCCGGGAGCGCGGGGAGCCGGGAGCUCACGCCUCGGAAAGGGCCCACUUCCGAAACGACAGGCGUCGCCGAGCGGAGGGGUAGCCGCGCUCGAACGCGCAACGGCAAAAGUGGCAGCAGCAGCAGCAGUGGCGGCGGCAGCAGCAGCGGCAGCGCCGCCGUGACGAAAGGGGGCGGCAGUGACGCAGGGGAUUCUGGGAAGGGGAGGGAUUGGAGGAGCCCAUCGAGCCGUGGGGACGACCGGACUAAUCUGCGCUCAGCCGGCCGGCGGAGACGACGCGGGAUGGGACGAGGGGCGGCCACGAAGGGGGUGGCGGAGGAGGAGGUGACGGAGACGGCAGAGGAGAAAGGGAAGAAGGGAGCGGCCGGGAAGGGGGCGGAGGUCAAGGACGAGGCGGCGAAGGAAGCAGCGGAGAGGAAGGAGGUGGAGAAGGAGGUGGAGGCAGCGGAGGAGGAGGAGGAGGUGGUGGCAGAACGUGCAAACCGGGGCGGCACUCCUGAGCGAGUGCGCGAGCUGAGGGCGAUCAUCGCGCAAGCGUCGUCACGGCCACGCCGACACUCCUCCCCCGAGGCGAGCACCUCGUCCGGCAGCGACUCCUCUACCCCUGCCGCCACCGCCGCCCCCAUCCUGCGCCCGCCCGCACCCCCCGAUUCGCCCCGCUGGGUCGCCGCCACGGGCGACCCCCCCGUGGCCUCCGCCGCUCGCUCCAGGGCGGUGUCGCCUGCGGCCGUCGCGUCGCCCACAGGGGAACUUGCCUGCCGGCCAUCCGGGCCGCUCUCGCGAUGCUCCCCGGCUCUGGACCGCCGCCGCCGCCGUCGCCGCAGCAGCAGCAGCAGCGGCGGCAGCAGCGGCGGCGGCGGCAGCAGCGGCGGCAGCCGCGCAGUGAGUGCGAGGUCGCCCGCCGGGAUUGCGUCUCCCGGGCGCGACGGGGAGGCGGACGAGGCGGCGGCGGCGGCGGUGACGGAGGCGAGGCGCCAGGAGGAGGCGGACGCCGCUCCGUCGGGAGCGCCAGCAGCAGGAGACGGCGCCCAGGACGAGGAGCGGUCGACCUCCGACCCGACGGACGUGAGCGACGACUCGUCGCUCUCGGGCUCGGAGGCUGCGGGAAGCUCGCCGGGGCUCGGCCGGCCCUUCGUGUCGCCGUCGCUGUCAUCGUCGCUCGCGGUGCCGGGCGACGAUUCGGGCUCGGAGAGCGACGCCGGGAGCCGCGGUGUCGCGGCGCUCCUCUCCGGUCACUCGCCGGGCACCGCCGCCGCCGCCGCGGUCGCCGCCAACGCCGUCGUCGCCGUGACACCGCAACCGCGGGGGUCGGGGCCGCGCGGCGACGAGGAGGAAGGGGCGGCGCGGAAGAGCGUCGGUGGUGGAGACGUGGCGGACGGAGGGGCCCGCCUGCCAGGGCGCGACGGUGGUGAGAAGGAGGAGGAGGAGGAGGAAGCGGGGGACGUGGAGGGGAAGAAAGAGGAAGAAGAUGGCGCACUUCACAGUCGUCGGAGCGGCGGAGCGAGUUCGGGUGGCGGGGCCGGGAGAGACAGCGACUGGGAGAGCGACAGUCUCCUGCGGGCCUACCGGAGGCUUCUGCGAUCCGGGUCUCUGACAGGGGAACCGGUAGAGGAGGCGGCGACAGCUGCGGCCACGGACGCGGCUUCUCACCGCGCGGGCCGCGCCGGUGGUGACGACGGCCGCGGCGACGGCGAUGAUGGUGAAGGCGACGGGAAGGGCAGCAGCCGCAGCGAGAGCUCGGCUGCUGCCGGCGGCGCCUUCGAGAGGACCGUCGGGACGGCCGGCGUCGGCGCCGUGCCGAGCGGACCCCGGUCGGGGGCCACGAGCCGUGCGAGCGACGGCCGCAGGAGCGCCCGGAGCGCCCGGAGCGCCCGGAGCGUCGUCCGAAGCGGCUCGCGCGCGGCCCUCGAGGCCGAAGGGACCGAGGGCCGCGCCAGCGGGGAGUUGGACGCGGCGGAGCUCGAGCCGGAAGGGCAGAUGACGAGGAGCGGCGCGGCGUUUGGCGAUACCCCAACGGCGAGUCGCAGAAGCGGCAGCGGCGGCGGCGGCGGCGGCGGCGGCAUCGUCCAGGCGGACGACCCGGCCGAAGCGUCGGGUCGUUCGAGCGGUGCCGAUGGGACCGGCGGCAGCGUGGGGAAGACGACGAUCGAACGGCCGGCGUCAAACCUCCCGGACGACGGAGGCCCCGGCGAGGGCGACGACGACGACGGCGGCGGCGGCGGCGGCAGCGUCCCGCGAGACGGCGGGGUGGAGGGGACCGUUGGGAGGGCCACGCCAAGUGGACGCCGGUCGGGGGAAGCGAGCCACAGAAGCAGCAGCAGCACCACGAGCAGGAACAGCACCAGGAGCAGGCACAGCACCAGGAGCAGGCACAGCCUCGACGCUGAUGUCCAGGCUGAGGGGCGCAGCCGCCCGGCUGACGACGCCGGCGGAACGGGCGGCGGAGCGCCAGACGCGGCCGAGAGCGACCUCGAGGAGCGGGAGGUGGGGAGCGGCGCUUCUCCCACCCGGCCGGAGGCCAAAGAGGGCGGCCGAGGAGCCACGACGGCGGCCAGCGAGGCCUUGGGCUCGAGUGGACGGGGGUCGGCCGCGGGCGGCCGCGUCUCCGUGGGCGGGGAAAGCCUCGGCGGAUCCGGCGGCGGCAGCGGAGCGGUGACGCCCGGAGUGACAGCGGGUGACGAGGCGCGUGAUGAGACGGAGGAGGAGGAUGUCCGCGGGCUCGGUGGUACGAACGACGAGGCGGCCAGCAAAGAGGAAGAGCGAUCGGGGGAGGGAGACCUGGGCCGUCCGCUGAGCAAUGCUGCGGACAGAACUCCGCCUCUACCUGUUGACGACGCAUUGUUGAGUGGCUCCGUCAGAAAGGAGAUCCGCGGAGUGGAAGAUGCCAGCGAGGAGGUGGCUAAGGAUGACGAAGAGCGAUCGGGGGAGGGAGACCUGGGUCAACCGCUGAGCAAUGCUGCAGACAGAACACCGCCUCUAUCUGUUGACGAUCCAUUGUUGAGUGGCUCCGUCAGAAAUGAGAUCCGUGGAGUGGAAGAUGCCAGCGAGGAGGUGGCCAAGGAUGACGAAGAGCGAUCGGGGGAGGGAGACCUGGGGCGACCGCUGAGCAAUGCUGCGGACAGAACUCCGCCUCUACCUGUUGACGAUCCAUUGUUGAGUGGCUCUGUCAGAAAGGAGAUCCGCGGAGUGGAAGAUGCCAGCGAGGAGGUGGCUAAGGACGACGAAGAGCGAUCGGGGGAGGGAGACCUGGGUCGACCGCUGAGCAAUGCUGCGGACAGAACACCGCCUCGUCCUGUUGACGACGCAUUGUUGAGUGGCUCCGUCAGAAAGGAGAUCCGCGGAGCGGAAAAUGCCAGCGAGGAGGUGGCUAAGGACGACGAAGAGCGAUCGGGGGAGGGAGACCUGGGUCGACCGCUGAGCAAUGCUGCGGACAGAACACCGCCUCGUCCUGUUGACGACGCAUUGUUGAGUGGCUCCGUCAGAAAGGAGAUCCGCGGAGCGGAAGAUGCCAGCGAGGAGGUGGCUAAGGACGACGAAGAGCGAUCGGGGGAGGGUGACCUGCGCCGACCGCUGAGCAACGGUUCCGACAGAACUCCGUCUCGUCCUACCGUUCCUCCCAACGCAUCGGGGAGACGCUCUCGCCGAGGAAGCAUCAGCAGCACCAAGGACAGCAGCAGCGGCAGCAGCAGCAGCAGCAGCGGCAGCAGCAGCAGCAGCGGCGGCUCAAGCGACAGCGACGGUGACGAGCGCGCCAGUGGCAAAUCCCCCGCUCGAGGCUCACGGAGGAGGAACUCCGUCGUGAGCGGCCGCAGCUCGAGGUCGUCCUCGGUAUGCAACGGACUCGGCGUCGUCCCCAAACGGAACCGGCGCGGUCCGCUCGCUCACUCAACAACGACACGUACGCCACCACCAGCACCAGCUGCUGCAGCACCAGCAUCUGGUGCCGUUGGUCACUAAGCGCAGGCGACGUCACCACGGGGCUUGCGCCAGGCUUGGUGCACUUCGAGGCCACCCACCCACUCACUACUCGCCCGUCCAUUCAUUUACAAGCGAUUCAUUAACCUACCCACUCACUCACUCAUUCACUCACUUACUCACUCAUUCACCCACCCACGCACUACUCACCCGUUCAUUAAUUUCCUAGCGACUCAAUAACUCAACCACUCGCUUAUUCACUCACUCAUUCACUACUCACCCGUUCAUUCAUUUACUAGCGAUUCAUUAACCUACCCACUCACUCAUUCACUCACCCACUCACUCACUCAUUCACCCACCCACUCACUACUCACCCGUUCAUUAAUUUCCUAGCGACUCAAUAACUCACUCACUCAUUCACUCACUCAUUUACUCACUCACUUAUUCACCCACCCAAUCAUUCACUCACUCACUCAUUCACCGACUCACUCAUUCACCUACUCACUACUCACCUGUUCAUUCAAUUCCAAGCGACUCAAUAACUCACUCACUCAUUCACCCACGCACUCACUACUCACCCGUUCAUUUAAUUCCAAGCGACUCAAUAACUCACUCACUCAUUCACUCACCCACUCACUCAUCCAUUCACUCAUUCACCUACUCACUACUCACCCGUUCAUUCAAUUCCAAGCGACUCAAUAACUCACUCACUCAUUCACGCACCCACUCACUCAUUCACUCACUCAUUCACUCACCCACUCACCCACUCGCUACUCGCCCGUUCAUUCAUUUCCAAGUGACUCAAUAACUCACUCACUCAUUCACGCACCCACUCACUCACUCAUCCAUUCACCCACUCACUACUCACCCAUUAAUUCAUUUCUAAGCGACUCAAUAACUCACCCACUCACUCACGACUCACCGUGCUAACUGCUGCACUACCGUUCCCCUGCACACAAAACAAAGAUAAAGAUCCCCCGUGUAGCCUUAACAGACUGUUGGGGCAAGUGUUGAA